AUGUUCGUGAGCAAAUCGCUGCUCGAGCAGGGAAAAUCGGUCCUGCCCGUAUGCCUGUUCCUCAUGGGAUUCCAGGUCAUUGUGUUGGGGCAGGAGGUGAAGCAAUACAAGGAGCUGCUCCUUGGUCUCUUGCUCGCUGUGGUGGGCCUUGCUCUCUUCACCUUCGGGCUUCUCAACGGCCUCAUGCCUAUGGGGGAGAGGAUCGGGCUUCGCCUGCCCUCUAUCCUCCCACUCUCCUCUGUGCUCUUCAUCGCGGCAAUCUUGGGAGUUGCCGUCACUCUCGCAGAACCAGCCCUGGGUGUCGUCAAGACGGCAGGAUCAUUAAUCCAGCCUCAACAUGCUCCGAACUUGCAUGCUCUCCUGCACUCGAGGCAGGACCUCCUCGUCCUUGCCGUGGCUGCAGGGGUAGGACUCUCGUCCUCUCUUGGGAUGCUGCGGAUCCGGAGGAGCUGGAGCCUCAAGUGGAUUGUGAUCGUGCUGGUCUUGCUCACCAUCUCUCUGUCCAUGUACGUUUACUAUCGCACGAGCAAGCAUGACGUCAUCGGCCUGGCAUGGGACUUGGGCGCCGUCACAACAGGGCCAGUCACGGUCCCACUUGUGAUCGCACUUGGGCUCGGGGUAGCAACAGCAGGCAACAACCCCUCCCCUCUCACGGGCUUCGGGGUUGUCACGUUCGCUUCCCUCAUCCCCGUGAUCACGGUCCUCUUGCUCGCGCUGUCGCUCCCUAGCAACAUCCUGGAGGAGCUGGAGGCGUCGACUAACUCCCCUUCCUUCCCCUCGCUGCAGAAGGGAGCCAACGAGCCCUCCUCCUCCUCCUCCUCCUCCUCCCUGUGGUACGACCAGACCCCCUACGCUGAGAUCAUCGCUGGGGUCACACUCGAGCUUACCCCGGGCAGCAGCGUCAUCUUCAAGGCUUCUGCAGCCCUCCUUGCCGCUCAGAUCGGCAUCAUAGUGUUCAACGUAGGCCUCACUCAAGGUCUCUCUAAGCUGGGGACCAUGGUAGGAGGCGUCAUGCCCUCUGCCUUCACGAGCAUGGAAGAGAUCAAAGGAUCCCCCAUCUGGGGCAGAGAGCUCGGCACCUUCAUCGCUGUUCUCUUCGCAUGGGUUCUCGGCUUCGGAGCUACUCUGGCGGAACCAGCUCUUUUCACCCUCGCGGUCACGGUGGACCGACUCUCUCGCGGGAAAAUCACGCAGCGUCAAGUUGUGCUGUCCGUUGCUCUUGGUGUCGGGACAGGAACCGCGUUGGGUCUCCUCAAGAUCGUCAUCGGCUUCCCCCUGCUCCCCCUCCUACUCGUAGGCUACACCUUGGCGGUCAUCCUGACAACUAUGGCCGGGGAGAUCCUUAUCUGUGUUGCCUGGGAUUCAGCUGGGGUCACUACAGGGCCAGUCACGGUCCCUCUCGUCAUCUCCCUUGGACUCGGCCUCGGCCGAGCGCUCAAUGCAGCUGACGGGUUCGGGAUCUUGUCGUUGGCUUCUGUUUGCCCGAUCAUCUCCGUCCUCGCUGUUGGCAUCAUCAAAGGAGACGGUCAAGCUGACCGCCGCCAUGGCGACGUGGAAGCUCGAGGAGAGUACGAGCUCUCGCGAACAGAUGCAGAGGAGGCAGGGGAUGACGACUGA